CCUUAGGAUUUUCUUUCCAAAACCAAAUUGAAGACAUUAGAAUUUAAAUUAAUUGAAUUUAAUUAUUCUAUUGUUUUUCUUUAAUUAUGUCAAUGAUUAUUAGAACAAUCAGCUUAUUGCUGAUCAUCGGAUUGUCCUCUUCGAUCGUUAAUGGCGAUCAUUACAGUGAUGUUAUCAAUAGAAAAGUUGACCGGAUGAUAGACGUAACCAGCCAACUGGUAACCAUUACGUGUCGCAUUGUGAUUGAAAACUCUGGUAAGACAUCGGUGGAUAAAUAUUUGGUCUCAUUCGAUGACAAUCAUUUGGCCCAUUUGUCAUUUAUCGAAGCUUCUCUGGUUAAAAGUGAUAAAUCAAAGGUUAAUUUGUUGGUUUCUUCAUCGACUUUACCCAAUGGUAAACAGGCCUGGUCAUUAGAUUUAAGUGAGAACAAGAUUGCCCCUGGUUCUUCAUUGGAUGGUAUUGAAGUGGAAGCUGUUUUUACCCAUAUUCUUGAGCCUUAUCCUAAUACAAUCUCUCAAUCAGAGAGACAAUUAGUUCUCUACAAUGGAAAUCAUUACUUCUUCAGUCCAUAUUUGACCAAAAGUCAAACAACUAAAGUCAAAUUAGCCUCUGGAUCGAUUGAAUCUUACACCAAAUUGAAACCAAGUUCAACUGCCAAUCAAAAUAUCAACUAUGGACCUUAUGAAAAUAUCGCAGCCUUUACUCAAUCAAAACUUCAAGUUCACUAUGAGAAUAAUUCACCUUUCCUAACCGUAUCAAAAUUGGAUAGAAAUAUUCAUCUGUCCAUUUGGUCAGGAGUUAUUUCAAUUGAAGAAGUGAUUGACAUUCAUCAUGAUGGUGCAAAAUUAAGAGGAGCCUUUUCCCGAUAUGAAUUUCAAAGAGAACCAACUAAUGGAAUCUCAUCAAUUAAAACCUUUAGAACAAAAUUACCACCAUCAGCCUAUGAUGUCUAUUAUCGAGAUGAAAUUGGAAACAUUAGUACUUCUAAUCUUCGUAAUGGUCUUAAAAAUGUGAUCGCCGAUCUAAGGCCAAGAUUCCCUUUGUUUGGUGGUUGGAAAACUCAUUAUGUUAUUGGUUAUUCACUUCCAUUGUCAGAAUAUCUUUCCAAUGAGGGUGACCAAUAUUCACUUAGGAUUCCAUUUGUUGAUCAUAUCUUUGAUAACGCAGUUAUCGACGAGGCCACAAUUAACAUCAUCUUACCCGAAGGAGCUACAGACGUUAAACUGAAUACACCUUAUUCCGUGAUUAGGGAAAAGGAUCAAAUUCACAUGUCAUUCUUGGACACAAUUGGAGAGCCUAAGAUUGUUUUACGAAAAUCGAACCUGGUUGAAGAUCAUAUUCAAAAUGUCAAAAUUACCUUUACAUUUAACGCAACAAUUAACACUCUCCAAAAGCCGAUUCUUUUUGUCAUCUCACUGAUCAUCAUCACUAUCCUGACAAUUAUAAUCUUACGUCUUGAUUUUAGUUUAACUAAAAAUCCCGGUAAAGAGAGUAGUCAACGUGUUAGCAGUUUAGUUGAAUCGGUUAUUAAUCAUCAUGCAAAACGGACUAAUUUAUAUGCUAAAUUUGACCAAACAUCAAACAAAUUUAAAACCUCGAAAGAUGAUUCAGCUUUUCAAACUGCUAUCAAACAGAUUAGCGCUGAUCUUAAACAAGAAUCACAAUCAAUAAGUGAUUUGGUUUCCCGAAUGAAAAGUGAAGGAGCCUCACAUUCACUUUUGGAUAAAAUUAAUGAACUCCAACGAUUAGAUAAAGAAUUACGAGAGCAACUUCAUCAACAACGAUUACUUGUUGAAAAAUUGGUCUCCGGAAAGGUCAACAAGUCACUUUAUCUCGACACUGAUCUUAACAUUACCAAAAAGAAGGCAGAAUUAGCCAAGAAAAUGGUUGCGACUUCGGGAACUUUGUAAACAUUUUUUUUUCUCUUCUUUUCCAUUUCCAAUAUUUUGCCUGGGCUACUACAAUUAAAUUGAUUAAAAGAAUUUUUUAAUA